UUUGAAGAGAAGGCCGUCGGUUUCUAAAUCCUUAGGACUUCGUUUCUCUCUUUCUCUCUCUCUUUACCUCAAUACCACAUAGAUAAAAGGCCUGGAGCCUGGAGCUGAAUCUAAUCGCGUGAGUACUCGUAGAUCUGCGGGCGCCAUGGUCGUCCGCCUGAGAUCUCUCACUGUCCUCGCCGCUGGUCUCGUUAUCGUCCUUUUCUUUGCUGUAUCGGCGUCCGCGUCGGAGUCCGAUCACAAGUAUCAACCUGAUGAUCCUGUUACACUCUGGGUGAACAAGGUCGGUCCAUAUAAUAACCCUCAGGAAACAUACAACUAUUAUAGUCUUCCCUUUUGCCAGCCUCGAGAGAACCCUUCACAUAAGUGGGGUGGGCUUGGCGAGGUUUUGGGUGGAAAUGAGCUUAUUGACAGCCAGAUUGAGUUAAAAUUCCUGAAAAAUGUUGAAAAAGGUUCCAUUUGUUCUAUUGAACUCGAUGAUGCUAAGGUGAAGCAAUUCACGGAUGCAAUAGAUACCUCAUAUUGGUUUGAAUUUUUCAUAGAUGAUUUGCCUUUAUGGGCCUUUGUCGGAGAGACCGGCAAAACGGAUGCGAGCAAGCAUUAUCUCUUCACGCAUAAGAAUAUUGUUGUGAGAUACAAUAAAGACCAGAUCAUUCAUGUCAAUAUCACCCAAGGAAACCCCAGACUGUUGGAAUCUGGAAAGAAAUUGGACAUGACAUUUUCAGUCAAUUGGACACCAACAAAUAUAACAUUUGCUCAUCGUUUUGAUGUAUACUUGGAUUAUCCUUUUUUUGAGCACCAGAUCCAUUGGUUCUCAAUCUUCAAUUCAUUUAUGAUGGUUAUUUUCCUCACUGGCCUGGUUUCUAUGAUUCUUAUGAGGACUCUUAGAAAUGAUUAUGCAAAAUAUGCUCGCGAAGAUGAUGAUCUGGAGACACUGGAAAGAGAUGCGAGUGAAGAGUCUGGUUGGAAGCUUGUUCAUGGAGAUGUGUUCAGACCUCCUCGUAAUUUGGUUCUUCUUUCUGCUCUUGUUGGUACUGGUUCUCAGCUGGCGCUGCUUAUUCUCCUUGUCAUUUUGCUGGCAAUAGUUGGGAUGUUGUAUGUUGGGCGGGGAGCUAUUCACACAACUUUUAUCUUGUGCUAUGCUUUCACCUCAUUCAUUUCGGGCUACGUUAGUGGUGGUCUUUAUUCCAGAAAUGGUGGUAAAAAUUGGAUCAAGUCGAUGAUUCUCACAGCAUCUCUUUUCCCAUUUCUGUGCUUUGGAAUUGGCUUUGCACUGAACACAAUUGCCAUAUUUUAUCGGUCACUAGCAGCUAUUCCCUUUGGAACAAUGGUGGUGGUUUUUGUAAUUUGGGCUUUCAUCUCAUUUCCCCUCGCACUUCUAGGCACUGUGGUGGGUAGGAACUGGAGUGGCGCUCCUAGCAAUCCAUGCCGUGUGAAGACCAUACCUCGCCCAAUCCCUGAGAAAAAGUGGUAUCUCACUCCUUCCAUUGUUUCACUCAUGGGCGGUCUUCUUCCUUUUGGUAGUAUCUUCAUUGAGAUGUAUUUUGUUUUCACAUCUUUCUGGAAUUACAAGGUUUACUACGUCUACGGAUUCAUGUUACUUGUUUUCCUGAUUCUGAUUAUCGUUACAGUCUGCGUUACCAUUGUCGGCACAUAUUUCCUUCUAAAUGCCGAGAACUACCAUUGGCAAUGGACAUCAUUCUUCUCUGCUGCUUCUACCGCUGCAUAUGUCUAUCUUUACUCCAUUUACAACUACUCUGUGAAGACCAAGAUGACGGGUUUCUUCCAGACCAGCUUCUACUUUGGCUACACCCUCAUGUUUUGCCUGGGCAUUGGAAUUCUGUGUGGUGCGGUGGGUUAUCUGGGCUCAUCUUUGUUCGUGAGAAGAAUCUAUAGAAACAUCAAAUGCGACUAGCUUUAGAUGAAGUUGGGCAUUGCCAUGGCUUUUAUUGCCUGUGGAGCAAAAGAUGAAGAUGCAUUGCUCUCUAAAGUUCAAUUUUUGGAGAUCACUUCCCCUUCAUUACCACCGUUUUUCAUUUACUUGAGGACUGAGAUCUCGUAUUAGGUGACUUUUUGAAUUUUUAGCUAAUAUUUGUUGUAAUCUAUUCCUUUUUUUACAUUUUAGAAGAGUUGUUGCGGUUAUUAUUAGUAACACAGACUAACCUGUCUGUUUUGAUGUGAUCUGUGCACUCAAAGAUGAUUUUUCCUUCUUCAGAUUGAUAAACGUGUACUAAGUGCCGCAAGUUAUUAUAGUUUAUUAUUAGUUACAUUUUAAAAGAAAUCAUAAGCAGUUUGGUACAA